GGGGAAACUGACAAAGACACUUUGGUUUUACAUAAGCAUCUUAUGUUCUGCCAACCAACAACGUUAUAUAUAUAAUCCAUAGAUUGGGAGAAGUACAAGUUAAAGUAACAAAAGAGCCAAAGAGGGAUCAAAUGGCUGCAAUUGGUAGCAGAGAAAGCAGGUGGUCUCUUCAGGGAAUGACAGCUCUUGUUACUGGUGGAACUAAAGGAAUCGGGUAUGCGAUUGUGGAGGAAUUGGCAGGGCUUGGGGCGACCGUGCACACAUGCUCUCGCAAUCAAGGUGAUUUGAAUAAGUGCUUGCGUGAGUGGGAGGCAAAGGGGUUCCGAGUUACUGGUUCAGUCUGUGACCUUGUGUCUCGUCCCCAACGAGAGGAACUUAUGAACACAAUUUCUCAUCAAUUUGACGGCAAACUCAAUAUCCUUAUAAAUAACGUGGGGACCUCCAUUACUAAACCAACCACAGAGGUGACGGCUCAAGAUUUUGCAUUCAUCAUGGCUACCAACCUUGAAUCCACUUACCACCUAAGCCAACUCGCUUAUCCUCUUAUGAAAGAAUCAAGAGGAGGAGGAAGUAUUGUUCUCAUUUCUUCCCUUAGUGGAAUGUUGGGAAUAGAUGGCCUGUCGAUAUAUGGAGCAAGUAAAGGAGCAAUAAACCAACUUACUAGAAGCUUGGCAUGUGAGUGGGCACGAGACAAUAUUAGGACCAACUGCGUCGCACCUGGGGCGACAAAAACUCCUUUAACAGAGAAUUUAUUCGAAGGCAAAGUCUUGGAAGCUAUAAAUUCACGGACACCUAUUGGACGACCUGGGGAGGCACAGGAGAUAUCACCUUUGGUAGCGUAUCUCUGCCUACCUGCAGCCUCUUACAUUACUGGACAGAUAAUCUGUGUUGAUGGAGGGAUGUCUGUGUACGGAUUAAAUCCCUAGAACAAUGACAGAUGAUCAGAUAUGAAAAAAUCAAUCUCCUUAGUUGAAGCUGUUUUCAAUAAAUUUCCCGACUCCAAUUGUUCCUUUUAUGUCGUCUUUUUUAUGUUUGUUUGUUUUAAGAUCUAAUUAAUGCUUGUCACAUGUAUCGAUCUCAUAAUAUAUAAUAAGCUUCAGCAGAGCCUGUUUGAUUU